AUUCGUUGACGUGCUGACUUCCCGCAUUGAGGCUUCAUAGGAGUUUCCUUCAUUUCUCUUCGUCAAAAAGCCAUUGACGAGAUCAAUCACAAUGGAGAAGGAGAAUCGUGACGAGCAGCUCGCUGGCAAACCGCCAAAGCCGGAAGAGGCACGCUAUUUGACCUUCAAGCACUCGCAACCUGGCUCUAAACUGAACAAAUUCUCCUCGACGAUUACUCGCGAACAUGACUUUCCAGCGGCUCAAGCAAUGUUGUACGCUGCUGGCGUGCCCAACGAACAUGUGCUCAAAACCUAUCCGCAAGUUGGCAUUGCGUCGGUAUGGUGGGAAGGUAACCCUUGCAAUACACACCUGCUCGAUAUUGGCAAAGAGGUGAAGAAGGCAAUUGAAAAGCAAGACAUGUUGGCUUGGCAAUACAAUACCAUCGGCGUCAGCGAUGGCAUCACAAUGGGUGGCGAAGGCAUGCGAUUCAGUCUGCAAUCGCGAGAAAUCAUCGCAGACAGUGUGGAGACUGUCACCUGCGCACAACAUCACGAUGCAUGUAUUGCGAUACCUGGAUGUGACAAGAACAUGCCUGGUGUUGUCAUGGGCAUGGCGAGACAUAACCGACCUUCGAUCAUGAUCUACGGCGGCUCGAUGGUUCCAGGAUACAGCCCGCUGCAGCAAAAAACGAUCAACAUCGCAACUGCUCUUGAAGCACAUGGUGCAUACAUCUAUGACAGCCUUCAAAAUCCUAACGAUCCAUCACAGACCAAGGACGAGCUACUCACGGAUAUCGAGAAGCACGCAUGUCCAUCACCAGGAGCUUGCGGUGGAAUGUAUACUGCAAAUACAAUGGCUACUAUGAUCGAGACGCUGGGACUCUCACUGCCAGGGAGCAGUUCCACACCUGCCACAUCUCCGCAGAAGAUGCGUGAAUGCCACAAAGUUGCCGAGGCAAUCAAGAUCUGUAUGGAAAAGGACAUCAAGCCUCGCGACUGUCUGACUAAGAAAGCGUUUGAGAACGCCAUGGUCAUGAUGAUGGCUCUGGGUGGAUCGACAAACGGUGUGCUGCAUCUCCUUGCCAUGGCAGGCACAGCAGAGGUGGAGCUCACGCUCGACGAUUUUCAAAGAAUAUCAAACAAGGUUCCCUUCAUCGCAGACAUCGCACCCUCCGGCAAAUAUCUCAUGGUCGACCUUUUCAAUAUCGGCGGUAUCCCUUCGGUCCAAAAACUUCUCAUCGCAGCUGGCUUCCUCGACGGAUCGACAAUUACGGUGACCGGCAAGACGUUGGCGGAGAAUGUCGAAUCCUGGCCGUCACUUCAACAAGGCCAAGAAAUGAUCAAACCCAUUGACAAGCCGAUCAAAGCAACCGGCCAUCUCGAGAUUCUGUACGGCAACCUCGCGCCUAACGGCGCCGUCGCCAAGAUCACAGGAAAGGAAGGCAUGAAGUUCACAGGCAAAGCCCGCGUCUUCAAUAAGGAAUUCGAACUGAACGAAGCCCUGAACAAGGGCCAAAUUCCUCAUGGAGAGAAUCUCGUCCUCGUCGUCCGCUACGAAGGUCCCAAAGGUGGACCGGGUAUGCCCGAACAGCUAAAAGCCAGCGCUGCCAUUAUGGGAGCCGGACUAAAGAACGUGAGCCUCAUCACUGAUGGACGAUAUUCUGGUGCAUCGCAUGGUUUCAUCGUCGGACAUAUCUCUCCUGAGGCGGCUGUUGGCGGGCCAAUUGCUGUGGUACAAGAUGGCGAUAUUAUUACAAUCGAUGCCGAGAAGAAUCAGAUUACGAUGGAUGUAGAUGAUGCUGAGAUCAAAGCUAGACUUGCGGCUUGGAAACCUCCUCGUAUGCCGGUGACGAGAGGGACGUUGGCGAAGUAUGCGAGACUUGUGGGGGAUGCUAGUCAGGGAGCUAUGACUGAUGUGUUUGCGUGGUAAUUGAUAUAAGGACAUUAUGAGACGAACAAGUGAAGGCCGCUUGGCUCACAUGCUUCAC